AGCGGCUCCCCCUGACUUCCGGAGGAAGCGGAACAGUACCGGAAGUCGCAGGGUUGGUCAAAGGAGGCGCGGUCUCCGAAGCUCAUGGCGGGGCUGUUACUAGUGCCGGGCCGAAUUAUGCGGCCACCGGCUGGCCAAGUUUGGCGUCUCUUGCCUCUUGGACUCGGGAUCUGGGGCCCGGCCCAGGAAGCCGCCAGAAUCUUGCUGAGGCAAUUCUGCGCGCGGCAGGAGGAGGUGUGGCGGGCCUCGGGGCUUGCUGGCAGGUGCCUGGGAAGCCGGCCCCUCAGCACGGCUAUGCCACCACCCCCAGGGUCGUCGGGGCCGGAGGAGAAGGGCCGCAGAGACCCCACGCACCCCUCGAAGCCCGGGCCUGUUUCCUGGAAGUCUUUGGCAAUCACAUUUGCUAUUGGAGGAGGUUUAUUGGCUGGAAUGAAGUACUUCAAGAAAGAAAAGAUGGAACAGCUGGAGAAGGAACGGCAGCGAAGCAUUGGAAAGCCUUUACUUGGGGGACCAUUUUCUCUCACAACUCACACUGGAGAACCUAAAACUGACAAGGACUACCUGGGUCAGUGGGUACUGAUUUACUUUGGUUUCACUCAUUGCCCUGACAUCUGUCCAGAAGAACUAGAAAAAAUGAUUCAAGUUGUGAAUGAAAUAGAUGAUAUUCCAUCUCUGCCAAAUUUAACUCCACUUUUCAUCACCAUUGACCCAGAGAGGGACACAAAAGAAACCAUUGCAAAUUAUGUGAAAGAAUUUUCUCCUAAACUGAUUGGCUUGACUGGCACAAAAGAAGAAAUCGAUCAAGUGGCCCGAGCUUACAGGGUGUAUUAUAGCCCUGGUCCCAAGGAUGAAGAUGAGGACUACAUAGUGGAUCAUACAAUAAUAAUGUACUUGAUUGGACCAGAUGGUGAGUUUCUAGAUUAUUUUGGCCAGAACAAGAAGAAUGGAGAAAUAGCUGGUUCAAUUGCUGCACACAUGUGGGCACACAGGAAAAAGAGCUAGCCAAAGCAGCGUUGCCGGAAGCAGUAUUCUCUUGCUAAAGAGGAAGGAAGCUUUGUCUCCCAUAGGAGCCAAUAUAUACAUGCAACCUACAGAGUGACCUGUGUACCGUGAGAACAUCUCCAUUCUGGAUGGGAUAUUAUUACCCUUGUGUUCAGCCAAAAUA